UCGUUGUGUAUCUACCGCAUGUUUUUUUUGUGUUUGCAUGUGAUGUGACAACAAGGUGAUUUAGGAUAUGGAAGUAAACUGCAUAUUUACUAGUCAGAGGAUGUCCAGUGAUCUGCCGCUGAAUAUUGACAUUAAAGAGCCAAGAUGGGAUCAGGGCACUUUUAUGGGGCGAGCCAAACAUUUCUUCACCGUGACAGACCCCCGAAAUGUCUUUUUAUCCAGCGAGGUCCUGGAGGAUUCCAGGAGGAUUGUGGAGAAUUACAGGGUGGGAAUAGUGAGCCCAGGGCUAACGGAGGAUGAGCUCUGGAGAGCGAAAUACGUUUACGACUCUGCUUUUCACCCCGACACUGGGGAGAAGAUGAUUCUCGUAGGUCGGAUGUCUGCUCAGGUACCAAUGAACAUGACAAUCACUGGCUGCAUGCUCACCUUUUACAGGUCAACUCCAGCGGUGGUGUUCUGGCAGUGGGUGAACCAGUCCUUCAACGCUGUCGUCAACUACACCAAUCGCAGUGGAGACGCACCGAUGACUGUCAACCAGCUGGGUGUGGCGUAUGCAAGUGCCACCACUGGGGCAGUGGUUACUGCGUUGGGACUCAAAUCACUUACCAAGCAUUUGCCAGCCAUAAUGGGACGGUUUGUCCCAUUUGCUGCAGUGGCUGCUGCAAACUGCAUCAAUAUUCCUUUUAUGAGACAGAGAGAGCUAAAGUACGGGAUCCCAGUGACUGACGAGGAUGGCAAGCGACUGGGUGAAUCGACCAGUGCAGCCCAACAGGCCAUUGUUCAGGUGAUCGUCUCCCGGAUUGGCAUGGCAGUGCCUGCUAUGGCGAUCCCUCCUGUAAUCAUGAAUGCACUGGAGAAGAGAGCUUUCCUAAAGCGCUAUCCGGUUUUCAGUGCUCCCAUUCAAGUGGGCCUGGUUGGGUUCUGCUUGGUUUUUGCCACUCCUCUCUGCUGUGCCCUUUUCCCACAAAAGAGCUCCAUGAAGGUUAGCAGCCUGGAAGCAGAGCUGCAGGCCCAGAUCCACGAGAGAAGCCCUCACACAGCAGUGGUGUACUUCAACAAGGGCCUGUAGAGCCCAGAACAGGGAUCCACACUUGCCCACAUAGGGCUACAACAGACCUUUUAUUAUUAUUAUUAUUAUUAUUAUUAUUAUUAUUAUUAUUAUUAUUAUUAUUAUUUAACCAGGAGAACCUCAGUGAGAUAGAUAUUAUACAUCUUUUCCACACACAUCCUGGGAGACACACACUGCCACAGCAUGCCAACGUUCAAAUCGCAACACAUUUUAACCCUUUCAGUCCUGAAUUACUUUUGUCGAGCUGCUGAACAAUGCGAAACCAUAUAUGAUUCAAAUUAUUAUAUAAUUCAAAAAGGACCUUGUUUAUUGAGUGUAUGAGAACGGGACAAAAAAUAUAUAUUUUACAUAUAUUUUACACAUUUUGGCAAAUGGGAGUUUAAACCUUUAUAGUCCAUCUAUUCAGAUGCAUCGGGUCCAAUUUAUUUUCACACGCGCUGUUUAUUUUAACUUGCUGUUUUUAAAGUGUUUUUUUUUUUUAUCUCCA